AUGGACGCGAGUAACUCAGAACGCUUGAAAUCCGAUUACAUUCGCCUACGCUCAGCCAUCGGUGUACUCCCGGAACCAGAACGCCUGCAUCGUCAGAUUGUCUCUGAUUGUAGAGCCAUAGCUUCUCUGAGACGUUCUCUCACCACAUUGUCACAUAGUGUCAGAAAUCUGUGUAAUAGCGCACUCUCUCAUACUGAAUUCUUUCAUCGACAUCAAUAUCUGAAGCUCACUCUAGAAAAAUUAGAACUUCGUUUUGUCUUAACUCGCUCUCAUCUACGGGACUCCUGGAGUUACCCUCCGCUCAUGUUCGCCACCGGAAUUCUGCAACCCUUUGAGUGGGAACGCCUGUGGGAAACAACGCUGGCACAAGAGGACCUCGUUGUGGACGCCGCCGAACUUGAAGAACUCAUUUCGGACGCCUUAAACACGAUUGGAGAAGACUUGACGCUUUUAGAUGACCUGCACGAAGAGAUCACUACUACCUCGUUUCGAGAGGAUACGCACUUCCGCCAUGAGGUUUUGAAACAUUUGAGAGAAAUUUCACGCAAGCUGGACAAAAACGACGCCGACCAGACAGCCGAAUUCCCCGGUGGGGAGGACGCGAAAGACGCGGAAAACGAAAGGAUGGAACUCGUUGACAUACGCGAAGAAGACGAGAAAAUGGACACCGCGUCGCACGUGAACGAGCUGGAAACGAUCAAUAGGAACGCAGACUUUAUGGAGGCAGUAGGAGAUCCGGAUGAGGAUGAAGAACCUUUAGUACUCCUAGAAGCAAUAAGUGACGAUGAAUUGGAGGAUCAAAACGAUACCGAUCGAGACGGGGAGUUGCAGGUAAUGGUACAGUUCGAUCGACGAGAAGACCCGGACGAUGAGAUAUCCCGCCUCCGACAACAACUAGGAGACGCCGAGCAAGCUGCGGGAGAGUACGACAGAAUGAUUGCCGAGCUGGAGAGGAAGAAGCGUGGUAGACCUCGCAGGUACGAAGGACAAAUCGAAAACCCGAACGAUGCACGAAUGCGCUGUAUAUUCUGUAACAUACGCGGAGACCACUAUUCAGAUUCCUGCACUGUCUACUCGACUCUCAAGGCACGCACGUUACGCAUCAACCAGACAAAAAUCUGUAAAAAGUGUCUAGACCGCUACUGUCCUAAAGGAGAGAAUUGCAAAAAACACCACGCAACGUGCUACCAUUGUGGCGACUCUGGACAUAAUUCUGCCUUCUGUCCUCUACCUGAGGAAAAUCAGCGAACCGAGGAUCAAAUAAGUUACUUACGCCGUAAACGUGACGAAGCGAGAGAGCUCAUCAGGAGGAUCUCAAGUGGUCUUACACGCCGUGGCAUUGACGCCUAA